GUUGGCUUACUGAGGCAGAAGAUGGAGAAAAAAAGAGAGCAUUUUGCAAAUGGUGUAAAAUAACAUUGCGUGCACAUUCUAAGGAUUUGCAGAAAUAUGGAAAGACACAAGGACACCAAAACAAAGGAAUUUCGUUUCAAACACUUCCAGGACAAACACGACUGCCAUUUCCACCCGCUGAAUCUGAACAGAGUAAAAUAAAUGAUCUUAAGCUUGCAGCAUUUAUUGCUGUUCACUGUGCAGUGCGCGGCAUUGACCAUUUAACCGAUAUUUUGCGGAAGUUGGAUAAAAACUUUGACAAAUUGAAAAAGCAUCGUACUAAAUGUGGGAACGUGAUUAGAAAUGUGAUAGGACCAUCUCUGUUAGAAGAUUUAGUAGAUGACAUCAGCAAUUCUCCAUUCUCACUAAUCGUUGAUAAGUCGACCAAUAUUUCAGUUAUGAAAUAUCUUUGCAUUUGCGUUAAAUAUUACAGCGAAUCUCGCAAAGAAGUCACUACCUCAUUUUUAGCCAUAGUCGCUGUCGAUAGUACGACUGCCGAAGAAUUGUACGACCAUACAACAAUUUUCCUUAAAAGCAUUAAUAUGAGAUUGUCCAACUUAGUCGGUAUAGGUACUGACGGCGCUGCGAAUUUGUGCG